UGCCCCUUUCGGAUUCUUCCCCUAAGUCAGACGAUACGUUCAGCGAUCGCGAUUCUCAACGGUAGAAAUGGGUCCAGCAAGAAAGCCAUCGCCAAGUUCAUAGAACAAGCCUAUCCGCGCCUUCCUUCAACUCACCCCGCCUUGCUGACUCAGCAUUUGAAUCGCUUGAAGACCAGUGGUCGUCUUGUUAUGGUCAAGAAAUCUUACAUGCUCCCUAAAUCCGAUGCCUCCCCUUCUGCCGCCCAGAGAAGACGGGGUCGGCCCCCCAAGCGCAAGCCCAACGCCGACCUGCUGCCUCAGCCUGGCGUUCGACAAAACGCCAACCCUGUGUUGUUUGCGCUUGGUCUUGAAGAUGAGCCCGCAAGCCCUGAGGUGAUAAGAAAGGGUCCCGGUCGUUCACCGAACGCUGGCACGAACAUAGGGGACCAGCCUGGGCCAUCUGUGCGGAGGGGGCGACCGCAUGGGUCGAAAAGACGUGGGCGUCCUCCCAAGCGCAAAUCUGAGUCGGCCUUUUCUAACUGGACCAAAAGGCGUCCUGGUCGCCCUCCUAAAAAUCAAACGAACGUAAGGGCCAUCCCUUUUGCUCCUCCCGGUCCCGCUGUAUCCGCCGAAACCGUAACUGGUAGCACUGGUACCUCGGUACCGCCAGAUGCUACCUUACCAAGUAUAUCUCCAAGAGGUCGAGGAAGACCAAAGAAGAGUGCAGCUGCAGUGCCACCACAAGCUGUUGGACAUAGUAGUGGCGGCGGCGGCCAUGGGCGCAGGCCAGGUGGGGGAUUUUUGCCGGGACGGCCUCCUCUGACUGUUGAAGGGGUUAGGAGACCCAAAGAUCCCGCGUUAAAAUCUGUCGGCCGGCCAAAGAAGGAAACAUUUGUUGAGGACGAGUUGAGGAGGAAACUUGAAUAUUUUCAAUUAAAAGUCAAUGAAUCUCUUGGUUUGAUCAAGCCGCAUUUUAACACUGCGAGUCCAGUCAGUGCAAUUGCAGCAAUUCAAGAAUUAGAGGGACUAGCAACAAUGGACCUUAAUGUGCCAUUAAGAAAUGAAACUCAAGAACUGCUGCCACAGCAAUAGCGAGUCUGUCAUCCACAGAUAUCCACUACAAUUACUGUAGAUGCCAUCGAAGCAUAUACUUUAAACGCAGUGGUGGAAUCUGGUAAGAUGUGCAUGAGCCCCAAAUUGAUUUUGAACAAUUCGCACAAGUGUUUUUGAGAAGACGCAUGAGGUAAAAGAUCUAUAAAUCAAGUAGGAAGUAGCAGAAAUUAAUUUUCAUUGAAAGUAUGAUGACUGUAUCCACAAUUCCACACAAGUUUGAAGUGUUUGUACCGGUUUAGAUUGACCCUGAAGGAAUGAUUAGAAUACUGAUGGCUCUGUUGUUAUUUGACGGAUAGUGGUUUUACUUUGACUUAUUACUGUAGUCAUAUUAAUGUAUGUUGAUCCAUUUCAAGAUAUAUAUGCGCGCGCGCGCGCAUUCUCACUGCCCCUUUACCCCUUUGGUUACGCCGGGAGGGAAAGACAAAUGCUUCAGGUUAUUAGUAAUCCCUUUUUGAAGUUGGUUUUGUCGGAAA